AUGUGUAUACUCAGUGCUGAUGUAUGGAAUAGACUGACUAUUCCAAAGCACAGGUUCAUUCUCUGGCUCACAAUGCUAGAUAGACUUAAAACAAAGGAGAGACUUCACAAGGUGGGGAUAACUCCUGAUGAUCUAUGUCCCAUUUGUUUUACUCAAGUAGAGAAGAUUAAUCAUCUUUUCUUUACCUGUGAGUUUAGCAAGCAAUGCAGACAACUUCUUAUGAAUUGGCUUGGGGUUCACUUAAACAGAACCACUAUUACUGGUCUACUCAAAGGGGUGCAAAGACACAGUAGAGGCAAAAGCAAAAAAGCAAUCAUCUUUACUAUUAUAGCCAGACUGGUUUAUAAUAUAGGGAAGGCUAGAAAUGCUGCAGUGUGGUCUGCUAAGGUUCCUACUGUUCAAGCUACUGUGGCUUGUAUCAAGGCAGAGGUGAAAGGGAGGGUCCAUAACCUUCUUAGCAAGAAGUCUAGUUCCAGUGAUCUCAACUGGUUCAAUGGUUUGUAA